UAUUUUGUCAGCUGAUUUCCGAUCACUAUUCACUAGGUAGUGAUUAUGUGUUGUUCGUUUAUUUCCUCAAUAGGCUAUUUCGCAGUUUGCAGCAGCUGACUUAGUUAUUAUUAAAAAAAAAAAUACAAAUAAAUACGCUCGGUUCGUGUAUAAACAUUCAUUGCGUUAUUGUUAUUAUUAUUAUUAUUAUUAUGAAAGUCGUUUUAAAAAAAAAAAAAACCCAGUUUUUAUAAUAUUUUUUCUUCUGUCUAACACCAGAACAGUGUGUGUUUAAUAGUUAAUAGUUAUUAAAGAUAAUAUGUCAUAAACCUUCAGACAUUUUGACCGUCCAUAGUGUAUAAAAUAUUAUAGUGUUUAGUGUUUAGUUUGUACAAGUACAAUAACGAAAAUGUUAACGUUGGACGUGGUACCUGAAAGGUCUCUGGGAUGUGAACAAUGGGAAUUUGUUUUAGGUAAGUGCCUAUUCAUUAUAAUGUCCAACGUCCUCAUUAAAUUAGAGUCCUUGAAAAUCAAAAUUAUGUCUUAAAUACCAUUGCAAUUAAUAUUAUAUUUAAUAAGUACGCAUAAUAUUAUCUCUAUGAUAAUUGACUAUAGUUUUAUUUAUUUUGAAAAAUAGAUAGGGAUAACUGUUUCAUUUUUGUUACUAAUAGAUACCUAGGUACCUUUGUUCAAAUACUGGAAAGUACAGAAAUUAUAGUUAGGUAUACACCUUGUGCAACAAAUUGUUGAUUAUUAUUAAAUUUUUUUGCUGUUAACAUUUUAACAAAGACAUCUUAUUAAACUAUUGUAGAUAAUUUGUUAAUUUAAUAUAAAAUUGGUACCAGGUAGUUCAAUGGUUUACUGUAAGUAUUUGGCUAAAAUUUGCAAUGUUUUUUUUUAUUUGUUGGGUUUCCUAAUGUACUAUAUUCUAUCGAUUUAUUAUUGAGUCCAUUUAUAGUAGAAGAAAAAUGAUAGCAUAGGUUUAUUUAUUAUGUAUUAAAUAUUCCUUUAGUAUUCAAUUAUUAUCAUUUAAAAUUAUUUCGGAAUUAUGUUUAGAAUUCUGUGUUCAUAUUUUUUUCUGUACUUAAUUAAUUUAGAGUAUACAUGUACAAAAUAGAUUCUUGAUUUUUAAUGCUUCAGUUGGUAGACAUUUUAUUUAUCUAAAAUUAAUGACAUUGACAUUUUUUCUUAGUAUCCAAAUAAGUAAUAAAAUAAAAAUAUUAACAUUAACACAAUUUUGAUUUUAGGUAUGCAUUUUUGUCAAGCAGUAGCAAUUAUACAGUCUCAAGUUGGCAUUAUAAAAGGUGUUCAAGUUGUAUAUAGUGAUAAGGUACUUGCAUAAUUUAUAUUAUACAUUUCUUUAUUGAACCUUGUUGUAUAAUUUUAUAAUUUUACAGAACCCAUUAGAUAUUGAUCUCAUUUUAGACCUUCCUCAAGAUGGUAUUCGGUUUUUGUUUCAUCCUGUGUUCCAGCGUUUAAAGGUAUACAAUCUAUAAUAUAAUAAUGUAACACUUAAGCCAAUGUUGUGCCAUAUUAUUUUCAGAUGAUUGAAAUUGUUAACCUGAAAAACAUCAAACUUAAAUAUUGGCAAGUAUUCAAUUAUAUUCUUAGUUAUAAAUAUUUUUGUUUAACUCGCGCAAAUCCUUAUUUUUUCAUUUUAUAUUUUGUACUUAAUUUAAUUAUUAAACAGUGGUAUGCUGUUCAAUGCUCCAGAAGUAAUGCCUACCAUUCAACAAGUAGAACAUACAUUCGGUGCUACUCACCCUGGUGUUUUUGAUGCUGAAAAACAAACAUUUACAUUAAAUUUUCGAGGAAUUUCUUUUUGUUUCAAUGUAGAUUCAAAAUUUCAGGUAUAUAAUUCAUUGAAAAUUUAAUUAAUACUAAUACUUAUUUGCAAUUUCCUAUUCAAUUUCUUUUUUUUAGGCUUGUAGUGCUCAGUGUGGACUAGGAUCAUUACAAUUUGCUAGUGGAACAUCACCAAAUGUUAGUCGUGUAAUUAUAUUCUCUGGAAAUCCAGUUCCCGGUCAAGAUAUUCUAAACGUACCAUCACAUCCUAUGUCAUGCUACAAAGGAUUAACUUAUUUAGAACGAUUAGAAGUGCAAAGAAAUCAUAAAAGUACAAAUGGAUUUAUUAUUCAACUAUAUUUGGAAGGUUCUGGUAAAUGUUAACAGAAUUUUUAAAUGACUGUAAUUUAUUUUCAUUAAAUUUAAAAAUAAAUAAAUUACUGUUUAGGUUCUAACCGUGGUCGAAAAGUCUCUUAUAAUCGAGAAAUUAAUUUUGGAAUGACAUGCCAAGAUGUAACUUCUAUGUUGGGUGCCCCUUCACAAGUUUUUUAUAAAUCGGAAGACAAAAUGAAAAUUCAUUCACCAAACGUUCAUAGACACAUAUCUGUUCCUAGACGAUCAGAUUACUUUUUCAAUUAUUUUACAUUAGGUUUUGUAAGUAUCUAUUACAAAUUAAACAAAUUUUAACAAUAUAGAAUUCUAAAUAAAAUAAUUUUCAGGAUAUCCUUUUUGAUGCAAAAACACAUAAAGUUAAAAAACUUAUAGUACACACCAAUUUCCCUGGUCAUUAUAAUUUUAAUAUGUAAGUAUUCAAAGUACUUAAUAUCUUUAAAGUUUUGUUGUUAAUAAUUAUUGGUUAUUUGUGUAAAGUUACCAUAGAUGUGAAUUUAGCAUUGCUUUAAACUCUGAAAAAUCAAAUUACAACAAUAUACCCAGUGAUUGUAAAAAGUAUAAUGAUAAAAAAUCAAAGCCAAUUGUUGUAAAUACAUUUACCAAAUGGGAUGAUAUAUCUGACAGACUAAAACACAGUGAAAGACCUGUCGUAUUGAAUCGUGGAUCCUCUGAAAACUCAACUAAUCCAUUUGGAUCAACAUUUUGUUAUGGUUAUCAAGACAUGGUUUUCGAAGUUAUGCAAAAUCAGCAUAUUGCUUCUAUAACAUUUUAUAAAAAUGAUAUUGAGGAUGAUGUAUGACGAAAAUUAGUUGCCACAUCAUACUCAGUGGCCGUAAUGUGUUUUUAUAAACAAUCAGUCCUUUAUCAUGACUAACAGUAUUUAAAAAUAUGUAUUGCAUAUACAAUCAUAAUAAAAUAUUGUUGAAAUAUUAUAUAAAGUUAUAUAUGUGUACACACACCGAUAUUAUGUGGCAUAUUUAGUUUGAAAUUAAGACAUUAUCAUAUGAUCCUAUAGAACUAAUUUGUAUGUAAGGAGAGUCAUGUUUCAUUAAAAUGUAAAAGUUUUUCCACAUUUUUUGGUGGAAAAAAAAAUUCGUGUUCAAGUAGUUUAAGUCUUAAAAUGUUAUUGUUUUAUAUAAAUAAUAAGUUUUACUUUUUUUUAAUUUUAAGCUUAAUUGAUAUUAAUGUUUUGUUUCAAUGUGUCAGUAUAUCAUAUUGUUCAUAUUUAAUGUAUGAAAAAUUAUAUAUUUAUAUAAUUUAUGUAUAGAAACUUGACAAUUUUAAUUACCACUGUCUAAUUAACUAGUUUAUAAUUAUUUGUAUUUUUAAUAAUUUAUUAUCUAUUAAUUUAGUCAAAACUACUUAAUUGAUCAUUUAACAUAAAUUUAAAAAAAAAAGUACGAUUAAUGAUCUCAAUCAAAAGAAGUAUCACAUGAGAAUUUUUUAAUAUAAAAUAUAGGUUUUAUAUUUUUAAAUUGGUUUACAUGAUCAAAGUAAUUGUGAGGCCUUUAUCUUUCUGACUUAUAUCUAUGUAUUCAAAAUUUAAUAGAGAAAACAUAAAUACUGUAAUUUUUCAUUGUAGAAUAUACAAAAUAAAAAAAAAAAAUAUUGGUCUCACAAACUUUUAAUGUAUAGGUAUUAUGUGAUAGUAAAUAGUACAUAAUUGUAUUACUGUGUUAUUUUGUAUAUAUUAUAUAGAUAUAUAUAUUUUUUUUAAUCAAAUAGCAUAUUAUUUUAAACUUAAUAAUGCUAUUAGUUAUAAUAUUUAAAACUUAAAAAUAUGAAUUAUUCCAAGAUCCGUUACCACAAUACAGAG